AUGGAAGCAUCCUGCCAUUGCUCAUCUUUGGUCCCAUUCAUUGUCUGUGUCUAUAUAGAAGCCAAAGCCAAGCCAGUCUCCGACACAAACAUUAAACUUCAUGUGGAAACAUGGUCACCUCUAUCUGCCUACACAGAGCCUUGUUAGGCCUCUUCUUCCUGUGUCUUCCCCUCCUUUCGGCCUCUGAAUACUAUCGCCCUUCCAACCCCAGGCUCGAGAAGGCCUACGUGGCUCUGCAAGCAUGGAAGCACUCCAUCACCUCUGAUCCCAAGGGCUUCACCGAGAACUGGUGCGGCCCGCACGUGUGCAACUACACCGGCGUGUACUGCGCGCCCGCCCCCGACAACCCCCACGAGUUCACCGUCGCCGGCGUCGACCUCAACCACGGCGCCAUCGAGGGGACUCUCCCCGAAGAGCUCGGCCUCCUCGCCGACCUCGCCGUCUUCCACCUCAACUCCAACAAGUUCCACGGCGCCCUGCCUUCCUCCCUCGAGUGCUUGAAGCUGCUCUACGAGCUGGACGUCAGCAACAACCAGUUCGAGGGAUCGUUCCCCUCGGUCGUCUUCCAGCUGCCGUCGCUCAAGUUCCUCGACAUCCGCUACAACAGGUUCUGCGGCGACGUCCCGUCCUGCGUCUUCGACCUCAAGCUGGAUGCUCUGUUCAUCAACAACAACCAACUCACCUUCUCCAUACCGGACAACAUCGGCAACUCCCCGGUGUCGGUCCUUGUGCUGGCCAACAACCAGAUCACCGGGUGCUUCCCCAAGAGCAUAGCCAACAUGCACGAGACCCUGCGGGAGCUGGUGAUCCUGAACACCGGCCUCAGAGCAUGCAUACCGCCGGAGAUCGGGAGGCUGGACAAGCUGCGGGUGCUCGACGUGAGCUACAACCACCUGGUGGGGCCGCUGCCGGAGAGCAUCGGGGGGAUGAGGAAGCUGGAGCAGCUGGACGUGGCGCACAACAAGCUGUCGGGGGAGAUCCCAUGCAGCAUCUGCGACCUGCCCAGGCUGAAGAACUUCACCUACUCCUACAACUACUUCUGCGGGGAGCCGCCGCAGUGCUUGAAGAUCCGAAGCCACGACGACCGGAAGAACUGCAUCCCGUACCGGCCGGACCAACGGCCGCCGGAGCAGUGCAUGGCCUUCUUGUCGAAGCCGAAAUACUGCGACUCCAAUGGCUGCAUCGCACGGCCACCGCCGCCGCCUCCACCGCCAUCCUCGCCGCCGCCUCCACAUCAUCAUUACUGAGAUCGAUCCGUGAUCGGUGCACAUCAUUGAUCAGAAGUGUGGACUAUUGGUUGCUGGACACAGACUACAUUCAGAAUAAGGAUUUGUGUGGAGUAGUGGGAGACGGGCAGUUCAUCUUUCGUUUUCUUGCAGAUAGUGACAUGUAUGAGAUAAAAACAUCAAUUAAAAACACUUCUUCUUC